CUUUAUCAUUAUUUCUCAAUCAAUGUUUUUAGCUCACACUAUCAUAUCAAAACACACCCCAAUUUUCAAUUCAUUAGUCCUAUCAAGACAAAACGCUAGAAAAACACGCCGUUUUACUCACCCACUCUCUGAUUCUGUCUCUGCUUCAUCGUUAACCUUUCAGUGUUCAGUUUCAGAGUCUUUCAGUUGACCUAAUUCCAAAAUCCCAAAAUCCCAAUCCAAAUCAAAAUCACCAAUCACAUCACAAAAAAAACUUCACUUUCUUCCACAAUCAACACCAAUCACACUCAUGUAGUUCCAAUUGCUCUUCACAAUUCAAUAAUUCAUGACAACAAUGAAGAUCAAGAAUCUUCCAGUUCGAUACCUAAUCGUACUCCUAACCUUCAUCUGCACCUCAGUCUGUUACAUCGAACGCGUCGGCUUCUCAAUCGCCUACACCGUCGCCGCCGACGCCGCCGGAGUUAGCCAAUCAACAAAAGGUACAAUUUUGUCGACUUUUUACUACGGUUACGCCUUCUCGCAAGUUCCCGGAGGCUACUUCGCGCAGAAAAUCGGUGGAAGAAAGGUUCUUUUACUUUCGUUUCUAUUAUGGUCUUCAACGUGUGCGCUUCUUCCCUUAGAUCCGAACAGAACCCUAAUUCUUGUUACCGCGCGUUUGCUUGUUGGGGUUGCGCAAGGUUUUAUUUUUCCUUCGAUUCAUACUGUUUUAGCUCAGUGGGUUCCGCCUCAUGAGAGAUCUAGAUCGGUUUCGUUGACUACUUCGGGUAUGUAUCUUGGUGCUGCUUUGGGGAUGUUGUUUCUUCCGAGUUUGGUUAAGUUUAAAGGUCCUCAAUCUGUGUUUAUUGCUGAAGCGUUUUUGGGAUUUGUUUGGUCCAUGAUUUGGUUUAGAUAUGCUUCUGAUCCUAAAGCUUCGGCUUCGGGAGCCGGGGAAUCGCUUUUGCCGGUUAAUAAGAAACUCGAUAGGAAGGUUUCGGAUCGAAAUGUGGAGACUGGAGUUGAGAGAAAUGGUGUUAAGAAGACUGGAGUUGGGAUUCCUUGGGGGAAGAUUAUGACUAGUUUACCUGUUUGGGCUAUUGUGGUUAAUAAUUUUACUUUUCAUUAUGCUUUGUAUGUGUUGAUGAAUUGGUUGCCGACUUAUUUUGAAUUAGGGCUUAAGCUUAGUCUUCAUGAAAUGGGUUCGUCGAAAAUGUUGCCUUAUCUGAAUAUGUUUGUGUUUUCAAAUAUUGGUGGUGUUGUUGCUGAUUAUUUGAUUACGAGGAGGAUAAUGUCGGUGACUAGGACGAGGAAGUUUUUGAAUACGGUUGGGUUUUUAGUUGCUUCGUUUGCGUUGGUUGUGAUACCGAGUUUUAGAACUUCGGCUGGUGCUGUGUUUUGUUCUUCGGUGGCUCUUGGUUUUUUGGCGCUUGGUAGAGCUGGGUUUGCGGUGAAUCAUAUGGAUAUUGCUCCGAGGUAUGCUGGAAUUGUGAUGGGUGUUUCGAAUACGGCUGGUACUUUGGCUGGUAUUGUUGGUGUUGAUCUUACGGGGAAACUGCUCGAAGCCGCUAAGGCGUCUGAUUUGGAUCUUUCGAGUCCGGAAAGUUGGAGGGCAGUGUUUUUCAUUCCUGGACUUUUGUGUGUUUUUAGUUCUGUGAUAUUCGUGUUGUUUUCUACCGGGGAGAGGAUUUUUGAUUGAGGUAGCAGUGUAACAUUCUUUGAUCGUUCAAUCAUUGAUUUGAUCAUGCGCUCUUAUAUUGUGGAGAUUUUAAUUUUUAUUAUAUCUCCAUGUUAUGUUAUUCAUUCUUGGAUAGAGGAGAGUUGAUGUACAAAGCUCCGCGGCCAGAUUGUAUCACCGAUGGAUAUGGAUUUGUUAUCGUCACUAUUAUGAUUUUUCCAACAUGUACUAUUUUUAGUUAGUAAGUAAAGGUUACAAUACAGUUGUAUCAUCAAUGAUUCUUAGGUCUUUCUUUUAUGCCUUGGAUGAAACUCAUAUUUUAUCAUAUGAUUAAUAGAUUGUGCAUUUUUUUUUUUA